GUCUCUUUCCAACUUUGUCAAAGGUGGUGCGUGUUUUGAUAACGCUCUGAUAACGAUUCGCAUUAUCGGUGAGUAGAAAAGCUAGUAGGAAGCUUCAAGCAAGCGGCCCGAGAUUGUCGUUUUUUCCAGCUCUGCGUCCCUUGUCUCGGUGAAAGCGGUGAAAGAUGGCCUGCUCGAAAGCGCUCCAGCGCAGCUCAGCUGUUUUGUUGCGAAAUGUUCUGCCAGCCCAAGGUCAGCUGGCUGCAGUACGAGCCAGCUCCUGGUGGAGCGGUGUACAGAUGGGCCCGCCGGACGUUAUUCUCGGUGUAACGGAAGCGUACAAGCGCGAUACGAACCCGAAAAAGAUCAACCUGGGCGUCGGUGCGUACCGCGACGACAGCGGCAAACCAUUCGUACUGCCGAGCGUGAAAAAGGCCGAGAAACGUCUGGCAGAGAAGCAGCUCGAUCACGAAUAUUCACCGAUCGGUGGUACGGCCGAAUUCUGCAAACACAGCAUCCUGCUUGCCUUGGGCGAGUCGAGUGAGCACGUGGCAAAUGGACUGAAUGCGACGGUGCAGGGCAUCAGUGGAACCGGUGCACUGCGUAUCGGUGGUGCUUUCCUGUCCAGCUUCUUCCCCGGCCCGAAGGACAUCUAUCUGCCGACACCGUCGUGGGGUAAUCAUGGACCAAUUUUCCGGCAUUCGGGACUGAACGUAAAGUCGUACCGCUAUUACGACCCGUCGACCUGUGGGUUCGAUUUUGCUGGAGCGCUGGAAGAUCUUUCGAAAAUUCCGGAAAAAUCCAUAGUAUUACUGCAUGCCUGUGCACACAACCCCACUGGCGUCGAUCCAAAGCCGGAACAGUGGGCCGAAAUGUCGACCGUCAUCAAAAAGCGCAAUCUGUUCCCAUUCUUCGACAUGGCUUACCAAGGCUUUGCCAGCGGUGACGUCGACAAGGAUGCGCUGGCAGUGCGUGCAUUCCUGCGUGACGGACACCAGAUUGCGUUGGCCCAGAGCUUCGCCAAGAACAUGGGUCUGUACGGUGAACGGGCGGGAGCAUUUUCAUUGAUCACUGAUAGCAAGGAUGAGGCGGAUCGUACGAUGUCGCAGAUCAAGAUUCUUAUUCGCCCGAUGUACUCGAACCCACCGAUUCAUGGUGCGCGUCUGGUGGCCGAAAUCCUUGGCGACAAGCAACUGCGCCAGGAGUGGCUUGGCGAUGUGAAGCUGAUGGCAGAUCGUAUCAUCUCCGUGCGUUCGACGCUGCGCAACAACCUGAAGGAGCUCGGUUCAUCGCGCAACUGGUCUCACAUUACCGACCAGAUUGGCAUGUUCUGCUUCACGGGCAUGAACCAGCAGCAGUGCGAACGUUUAUCGAAAGAGUUCAGCGUCUACCUGACGAAGGAUGGACGUAUUUCGAUGGCCGGUGUCACUUCCAAGAAUGUGGCAUAUCUGGCCGAAGCCAUCCAUGCCGUUACGAAGUAGAUCCUUCGGUAGUUUGGAGCCAGAAUCAACCCGACGAUCAACAGUUGCAGAGCGAAAUGCAUUUAGAAUGCAUUUUCCUUAUUAAUGAUCUACAGUGCUUUAACCAUUUCUGGAUUCAAAUUCACACACACACACACACAGAACACAAUCCGAUGCGUGCAAAGAUGUGCGUACGUAUUUAGGAAACGCAUUUGUUUUUUCUACCCCUUCUUCUAUUUACUAUAUAGCACCUUUAGUGGCUUAAUUUAUGCAACGCGUGUAAAAUACGUGCCCAUGAGAGAUUGUGCAAACGGACGGAUUGCGCCAGCAAAGAAAAAAUGAAGUGAAAUUAGAAAUUACAACGAGCUUUGUUCAUAUCAAUGAAAUUGAUGGGAGGCUAACGCUUUUUUUUGUUGUUACGUUUUGGUUUGUUGGCAGAGAGACUUUCGAGAACUUUAUCCUUUUUACUCUUUAUGACAUCUCUUGCACGAUAAACAUGCACGCCUGGACUUGAUAUAAACAUGCGUGUUAAAAUAACACUGUUAGAAGAGGAGAAAAAUGAGGUAGUGGAAUUGGCUAAAGGAGCGAACGAACCAGAUGUAUUUCAACCAAAAUAGAUGGCUGCUGGUAGCAUUACGUCUAAACGCAUCACUGCCUUAAAACAAAA